UCACUGCCUUCUUCUAAGCACUCUCUUCCCGGAUAAGAAGCGCAGCCAAAGCCCCCUCCGCCCAAAACCCCCACCGCGAGCUCUCUCCUCGCCCCGCCCAUGGCGACCUCCACCGCCUCCCCCUCCUCUCUGACCGCCCCUCUCCUUGGCCCCAAACCCAGCCCCAAUCCGCCCCCCAGAUCCCUCCCGCUCCUCAGGAAUCGGAGGUGCGCUAGGUCCGUGGCCGCCUCUGCCGGCGGCGGCGGAGUGGGACUGCACGGGGCUGCUCACAGGCGCGGGAUUUGGUCGAUCAGGGACGACUUGCUGAUGCCUAGGUCGCCCUACUUCCCUGUGGAGGCCGCGGGGCAGGAGCGCGGGCCCUCGCCCAUGGUAAUGGAGCGGUUCCAGAGCGUCGUCAGCCAGCUCUUUCAGCACAGAAUUAUCCGAUGCGGCGGUCCUGUGGAGGAUGAUAUGGCCAACGUCAUUGUUGCGCAGCUGCUAUACCUGGACGCCGUUGAUCCUAACAAGGAUAUCAUUAUGUAUGUGAACUCUCCAGGAGGAUCAGUGACAGCUGGGAUGGCCAUAUUUGAUACAAUGAAGCAUAUCAGGCCUGAUGUUUCGACAGUUUGUAUCGGACUUGCUGCAAGUAUGGGUGCUUUUCUACUUAGCGGUGGGACGAAAGGGAAGAGGUACAGCUUACCUAACUCAAGAAUAAUGAUCCAUCAGCCUCUUGGAGGAGCCCAAGGACAAGAGACCGACCUUGAGAUCCAGGCCAAUGAGAUGCUGCACCACAAGGCCAACUUGAACGGAUACCUAGCAUACCACACUGGGCAGCCCCUGGAUAAGAUCAAUGUAGAUACUGACCGUGACUUCUUCAUGAGCGCGAAGGAAGCAAAGGAGUAUGGCCUUAUUGAUGGAGUAAUCGUGAACCCUCUUAAAGCGCUGCAACCACUUCCAGCUUCCAGUUAGCCAUGCCGUGCACAAAAUCUAUGCCGCUCCAAGCAUUUUUGUUGUGAUCUUCUGGAGCUGUGUUUGUACCACGCUGUUUUCGUUAGUCUGGCUAGAUGCUUUUGUAAUUUCACGUUCUGAAGCUUUCACAGGUUGUACGGAACAGAUGCACUACUAGAAUGUUCAUCGUUUGCGGUAAGAUGUUUGCACGUGAGUCGACGUUGUUUUUGUUAGGGCCCUCUGCUUGGAUACAAAUUUUUGUUUGAUAUGGGGUGAGACUUAAGGUUU